GGCAAGAUCAAGUGAGAUUUGGCGCAUGGUUGUGAUGCCCUCAAACACUAAGAGGGCGGCUGACUACCCACUUUGGUACAAGUCAAGCACAUGCCUUUCUUUGUCUACUCUCCUGUCUUUUUGGUUAAACAUAAACACAAACACUAGUAUAACUCGAUAUUUUAUUCACAAUUUUAUUUAGAAAUAAUUCUGUACAGAUAUACAGUUUUUGAGUAUAUCCUAUAGUUUUAUAUUUUGCCAAUAAAUUAAUGUUUAGAAAAAGGAGACUAUGGUGGGAUGAUAAUGGUGAAUUUCAGUAUUUUAGCCUUUUGAGGAGAGUUUAUCUUUCUUGGCGCUUUGAAGGAGGCAAGAAUCCGUCGCUUUUGGAGUUCCUUUGCCUAUUAUUGGCCCAUUCUUUGCAGUAAAGCCCAAGAUUUUUCCCAGAAACAGAUUUACUUAGAGAGAGAAAGAGUGAGAGAAAAUUGGAGAUAUGCUCAAAAGCUAAAGUUAUCGACAAGAAAUAUAGGAUCCAAGAAGGAAGCAGAUUCAAGUGUUGCUAUAUCAACUACUCAUUUCGCUUUAGCUGCCAGUUGCGGUGGCCAUCCAUUAAACUCAUCCAGAAUCUCCUAAAUCCAUUUUUUAAACUUGAAAAUGGGAGUUCCUGCUCAACGCUAUCAGGGUGCAAAGUUGUUGGAUUUUUCAUUACAAGAUCAGGAUUCAUGUUCAACUCAAUCAACUGGUCAAUUUUAUACCAGCUCUGCUAGCUUUGGAGAAAAUGACCUUCAUACUCAAAGCAUGAGUUUUGCGCAAUCAGGUUAUAAUGUAACCCAUGGGAAACAUGAAAGUAGCGAGUAUAAAUUCAACUUCUCAAUGGGAACUCAGGAUUACACCUUACCCCCUCUGCAGACUGAUUUUAACCAAGCCAUUCCUCAGUUUGCUGUCUCUUUUCCUGAUCAACACUACAAUGGUGUAAUGUCAACAUAUGCGCCUCAAGCUGUGAUGAUGGGAAUCAUGCCUGCUCGAGUUCCUCUCCCUCUUGAUUUUUCAGCAAGUGAUCCCAUUUAUGUCAAUGCAAAGCAGUAUCAUGGUAUCUUAAGGAGGAGACAGCAUCGUGCUAAGCUUGAGGCUCAGAACAAACUUGCCAAAAACCGAAAGCCAUAUCUUCAUGAAUCCCGACACCAACAUGCAUUGAAGCGGACCCGGGGAUCUGGUGGGCGUUUUCUUAACAUGAAAAAGCUCCAAGAAUCCAACCCUACAGCUCAAACUACCAAGGACCAUAACAAGGUUUCAGGCACAAUUUCACUACAUUUGGCUGGAAAUCCAUCAGGUUCUGAAAUUCGCAAGCAAGAAAACUAUGGAGAAGGCACCUCCACAACUUCUUGUUCCGAUGUCACUAGUACCUCCAACAGUGAUGAUAUCUACCAUCCACUGGAAUUUAGGUUCUCUAACUACUCAUCAGGCUAUGGUGAAGCGGUGCUAGGUGGUGGUAGCACGGAGAACUAUAUUUGAGGGGGUGAAAAACAGCACCCCGAUCAACACUCCGGUUGAGAAAUCACCCGGAAGAGAUUUUGGUGGUUGAUCAUCAUUCCUUAAAAGGGAAGUCAUCCUUGGCUCAGUUACUUUCUGCUUUGUGUUAAGUUUUAUAAGCUGUCUAAUUUUCGAAGUGUAGAGAUUAAGUUCUUUCUAAUUACUUUCUGAAUGAUGUGACAAAUAAACUUGGUUGGAAGAAAGUGGAUUAGUAUGGUGAUUUGUUAUUAUGGGAUAACAUUAUUAUCAUUUGUGUAAAUUUACACUUUGAUUAAUGUCAAGCUGCUUGUUGGACAUGGAGCUUGGCAACUUUAACUCUUUUACGAGUAUUUUAUUUGUAUUUUGAAUAUGUUGGUUCAUAAUUAUACUAAUUUGACCAUUUAUUUUCUUUUUA